GAAUGAUAUGCCUGCAGAAUAUUUAUGAAUAUUGCAUAAAACUAGUCAAUUUAGGAGUUUUAUUAAAAUCAAAUGUGAUUUCUGUAUUUACGAUUUCGAUUACAGAAACCGUACGUCCAGAAAAAUGAAGUAUCACGUCAUCUGUCAUUGGUUUUCAAGGUUGAAGUUUUUUCCUUUCAAGUGUCAAAGUCAAAAAUAAAAUAUAUUUAUAAAGAUCUAUUAAAAAUGGCUAAAAAAACGUACGAUUUGUUGUUUAAAUUGUUGUUAAUUGGUGACUCCGGUGUUGGGAAAACUUGCAUUUUGUUCAGGUUCAGUGACGACGCCUUUACGACCACUUUUAUAUCAACUAUAGGCAUAGACUUUAAAAUUAAGACCAUAGAAUUAAGAGGAAAGAAAAUUAAACUACAGAUAUGGGAUACGGCUGGACAGGAAAGGUUUCACACCAUCACAACUUCGUACUACAGAGGAGCGAUGGGGAUCAUGCUGGUCUACGACAUAACAAACGAAAAAAGCUUCGAGAACAUAGUGAAAUGGCUUCGGAAUAUAGACGAGCACGCCAACGAGGACGUGGAAAAAAUGAUCUUAGGCAACAAGUGCGACAUGGACGACAAGCGGACGGUGAGUAAAGACCGGGGCGAGACGAUUGCUCGCGAGCACAGCAUACGGUUCAUGGAGACGUCGGCCAAGGCCAACAUAAAUAUCGAAAGGGCCUUUAGGGAGCUGGCGGAGGCCAUUUUGGACAAGACGGCGGGGCGCGAGCCCGGCGACAACAUGGACAAAGUCAUGGUGGACCGGAGACAGCAGUCCAGCUCUACGAAAUCCUGCUGUAAUAACUAGACUAACAUUUUUUAAUUAUUAUUAUUUUUAGAGUAAAAGAAGCCGCAGAAUGACCUUAUUUGUAUAGAAGCGACACACGGGUGAUGAUUAAUUUUUCCAUGGACUAAAUUUUAAGCGAGUUUGUUUGUCGUAUUUUGAGGUUAUAAGUUAUAAUCAUAGAUAAAUGAAACAAGUUUAGAUUGGAAAGUGCCCAUAAGGACAAUGUAAACACUAUUUGGUGCUAUUCUUGCAACGGUCGCGACCCAAAGCUUUUGAUAAUUUCGGAGCGAUUUGGCUUUUUCCGGAAUUAUAUCGCCAAAUAUUAUUUAUUCGCAUUUAUUAUUAUUUUAUUUUAAUUUUAUAAAUAAAAUACAGUGUGUUGCAUACAAGAAACUUUAUUUUAUAGGACAUGUAUGAAAUAUAUAUGAAACAUUGGCAAACCGACGUUAUGCAACGAUCCACGAUGGUUUUUGCAGUUCACAGUUCACACAACUUUUUAAGUUUUUAAUGCCACUUUUUCACAAUUAUCACGGGUUUGGGUAAAUAAAACUUAAAUUAAACUCACAAGAUAGCAAUAAU